GGCGGAUGUGAGGACAGACGGUUUCCGUAGCAGUUGGAGCCCUGUGGCCGGGUCGGACCGGACCGAACCGAACCGAACCGAACCGAAGGAUGAGGCUGGCGUGUCGGUCCCUGUUCCCCCUCCUGCUGCUAUCCGCCCCUUUCUCGGCGGCUAUGGAGCCCAUCAGCAUGGGCAUCGCAGUCGGGGUGGCCACCGCUCUGACCGGCCUUCUCAGCACCUUCCCUGCUCUGUACUGCAGGUUCCAGGAGUGCUGCGAGGCCCACUGGGUGGAGCUCAACUUCACAGGGUUGAAAGUGGAUUUGGAAGACAAACUGUUCGGACAACAUAUUGCCAAGCAAGUUGUUUUGAAGGCUGUCAGAGGUUUCUUGAUGAAUCCAAAUCCCAAAAAGCCCCUAACUUUGUCACUGCAUGGCUGGACUGGGACAGGCAAAAACCUAAUUAGCAAAAUAAUCGCAGACAGCAUUUAUAAAAAAGGACUGGAGAGUGACUAUGUCCAUCAGUUUGUCUCCACUUUGCACUUCCCUCAUCCCGAGUAUCUCAGCCAAUAUAAGGAGCUGCUACAGAAAUGGAUUCGCGGUAACGUUACCUUAUGUGGCAGGUCCAUGUUCAUUUUUGAUGAAAUGGACAAAAUGCAAGCAGGUCUUAUUGAUGCCAUCAAGCCUUACUUGGACUACUAUGAUAACAUUGAUGGUGUGGUGUACAGGAAUGCCAUAUUCAUCUUCCUGAGCAAUGCAGGGGGAGAAAGGAUAACUGAAAUUACGCUUGACUUUUGGCAGAAAGGAAACAAGAGGGAAGAUAUUCACUUGAAAGACCUUGAGAGUAAAGUAUCCAUUGGAGUCUUCAAUAACAAGAAGAGUGGGUUCUGGCACACCAGCCUCAUUGACAAAAACUUGAUCGACUACUUUGUCCCUUUCCUCCCCCUGGAGUACAGACAUGUGAAGUUGUGCGUCAGAGAAGAACUGAAAGCCCGAGGUUACGAGGAGGACGAGCAGAUCAUGACUGAAAUAGCCGAUGAAAUGACGUACUUUCCCGAGAAUGAAAAGAUCUAUUCAGACAAAGGCUGCAAAACAGUGGCCACCAAGUUGGACUUUUACUUGUAAUGUGCGUGUGUGUUUUUUAAAUUGGAAAAUACUUUGCCUUUCUACACUGGACAUUUUUUUAUAUAUAUAAAACUAAUUAAAAUUGAAGGGGGCCAUUGAUUGUUGGCUGGGGUUGAUGAAAUUCAUGAUUUGCUUGGCUUGGGGUGUGGACAAUGCCUGCAGCUGAUUAUAGCCACUUCCACCUGAUCUGAGUUUGCCACAGGUUCUUGGGAUGAUAUCAAGCUGCUAUUUAUGAAUUUGGAAUGCCACACUUUGUUUACAUAGUGGUGAAGUAAUUUGUUGAAAAUUGUAAUGAGACAUCACUGAUCAGGCCAUUGCAAAACCUUCUAAUCAUAUAGUUUGUUGUGAGAACGUAACCUCUUGAGUAAAUACCCUUAAUCUGUGCACCUUGCUUUCAAAAUCUGUUAGUGUAUUUUGACUUUAUGUCCCAGAACCCCAGGAGAGACAGUGAGAAGAGGUUUUUUUUCUUUCAUUGCGCUAAUGUUGCAGCAAUGCAUUGGAUAUUCAGUUUCUCAUUCUUUGCAGUGAACAUGUGGAUCCAGAAAAGAGCUUGUUCAAAACUAACCCUUCGGUUCCUGAAUGACAUUUUUUUGAUUCUCCUUUUUGCUUUCCACAAAACGUCUGAGGUAGCUUUUGUCUCAACAUUUUUGCAAAUUGAAACGUAAAGAUAGAAUUUUGAUGCAUUUUAUGUUUUAUCAAAUCCAAUUAAAAGAGUGGCACUCCUCACAAAGGGUGAAUCUUGUGUCUGUUUUCAACAGUUACUUUUUGCCGUACAAAAUAUCUCAGCAGAUACCCGGGCAGCAUUGGUGCUAUGUUGUACUGUCUGGUUUUGUGAAUAACCCAAUGGAAAGUAAAAUACAUAUUGUGUAUUAAAACUUUUUAUAAGUAUGACAUUUUUAACCAAAUUUUUCACUGUAAACAGGAUUUUUUUUUAAUUAAAUUCUAAGAUGUGAGAAUAUGUUAUUUUUCCAGAUUGUUUUUAACUCUGGGAAUUUUUGUGAAUUGCAUUUGUAUUUGGGAGGGGGUAAGCUAAAUGAAAUUCACUGAUACAAAUUAGAGGCCACUUUAUCAGCCCAAAGGUAAACCAGGCGAAGAUUGUGAAGUCCGUUCAUAUUUCAGCUCUGUUGGCACUCACUCGGCUCUGAUUCAGAAGGUUCAAGAGCCACUCCAAAAAGGGAUUUAAAAUUGGAGCUGUUGGUUUUAUAAUGAAUUUUUUGUCAAAAUUAUUUUGCAUAGAAAUUAAAUUGAGUAAUAAUUGCAGUUUGAGAAUGGCAGUGGAUUGUGGAAAUCAAAUUUGAGAUCUGAUGGUGUGAACAUGAAAGAAAUUAUUUAUUGUAAUAAAGGUGAGAUGUACAGA